GAUCCAGCAAACUUGGUACUCCAUCAAUGCUGAAUCUCAUCCAAUGAGGAUUUCUUUGGACGGAAAGUAAGCUGCUGAUCACUUGCUGGCCUAAGCAUAUCAUAAUUCAUAUAUAAUACUUAUUUUAUUUGAGAGAUUUUCUUUUUUCGCUUUCAUAAAUUUAUUGUUCUGAUAAGUGGGGAGGAUGUCGGCAAAGAGAAGCCCUGAAAUUUUGCCUGCUUGAGAACCUGUUAAUCACCAUUUUGCAGAAGGUUUUACAGAUGAGUUACUACAGUAUAUAAAAAGGAAACUAUAUUGCUUCUACAAGCUGACACUUAGCACGAAACACCAGAGAUGUUAUAUGCUAAACGACGACUGCUGCAAGGCCACAUAAGACAGGAAGCUUGACACUAGAUCCUGUGGAUAAAAAAUAAAAAGAGAAGAAGAAAAAACCUUUUUCUCUUGAAUGAUUUCUUGUAUGGUGACAUAACCAAUGUGCACUUGAUACCCUUUGUCAGGAUAGAAGUUUCUUUACAAGAAAUUCAUAUAAUUGUCAGUACUUCUCCACAAGGAUCCCAAUAAUUUCAUUCUUGCAAAUUACAACAUCAAAUUUCUUUUUCUGUCUUGCUUCUAAUCCAAGAUGGCAAAAUUCUUUUUUUCUUUCUGUAUAAAACAAUAAUUCAUUUAGUUUCUGGUAUCUAUAUUUUGGUUUCGUGAACUUCAAUUCAAUGAUGAGUAUCAGAAUUAAUUUAACAUAAAGAAGGAAAAGAAUUUAAAAAUAAAUGGGGUUUGCAUAGAAUUUUCAGUCAACCCAUUGACAAAAAAGAAAAGGAGAGACUGACUUUUGGGUCUAAGUCCAUAUCAACCUUUGCAACAUGCAGAGCCCAAAGAUUGAUUCAAAUAAGUUUGAUUAGCAAAUUCCCAAGGAAAAUGGAGAUGACCCAUUUCAGUUUCAGACUCCACAACUUCAUCCCCUUCUCUCUCAUCUCCUUCUAUUUCUUUAUACCCUUUGCUCAUUCCAAAUCAUCUCUUCUCGGUGUCCACCCUUUAGAUGAGAAGUACUUUGCUUCAAGGGUUAUCCAGUGCAAGGACGGCUCAAAAUCCUUCACUAGAGAUUGUUUCAAUGAUAAUUUCUGUGAUUGUGUUGAUGGGACGGAUGAACCCGGAACUUCAGCCUGUCCCAGAGGCAAAUUUUAUUGCAGGAAUUUAGGAAGUAAACCUCAGUUUAUUUUUUCAUCUCGUGUUAAUGAUCAAAUUUGUGAUUGCUGUGAUGGAAGUGAUGAGUAUGAUAGUAGUGUCAACUGCCCGAACACGUGUGUCAUGGGUGGUGACCUGAAUUACAGGAUUGGAAGUCGUAUCUCAUCUAUUGAUGUAAAUGAAUCAAAAGAGACAGUUCUUCGGGAGGAUCUGUUGCAUAAGGCUACAGCGUUGCAGAUGGUAAUAAUCCUGCAGGUGGUUCUCCUUGGUUGCGUGCUGAUAUAUCGAUUAUUUCGUCGGCGUGCCAAAUUAAAAAGAAGGCAUUAUCAAUGAAGAACCCGGUUGAUGUAUUCCGCAGGGUCUACUUUCUGGGGGUCCAAUUUCUGCGUGAUUGCUUACAAUUUAUAGUGCCAUAUUGUGGUUCGUAUAUCAGUAACUGCAGUUUCUUGUUGAUAUGCUCCGAUAUCCAUUACAUGAUCAACAUUCUUCCAGAAGUUUCCCCUUCCUGACGCAAACUAUAUUCAGCAGUGAAGCUUGACAGGAACUAGACUAUGUAUGCAGGUUGAUGCAUUAGUUAUACGAACGGCACAAGUGCUUAUUUUUCAUGUAGAAACAUGUUUGUCCUGUUGGCAACACCCGCAGGCAGCAGCAUCAGAAAUUUCACUGACUACUAAUGGCAGAUUAAAAGUUUAGACAGAAUCGAUUCAGGGUGUAUUUGAGUCAGAUGACAGAUAUUAAUUUGUAUUGAGAGUAUAUUCAAUUUCUGGUUGGUA